AUGCCAUCCCCAAUUCCCCUGACACGCUUGUUGCCUAAAGACCUUUAUCCAUCUCUCGAUUUUGGAGCUUGCAGCAGUCCACUGGCAAAGUAUUCCAACGAUUCCACCCUACGAAUUCCAACUCAACGGUUCCAUGGGAAGGUCGCAACCAGGCUAUGGUCAUCCACCAUUGAUUGGAAGGAACUGCAAUCCAUGCAGCCCAUCGGAUCUGGGGGGUUUGGGUCCGUUUACAGAAGUGUGUACUUUGGGGAGACUGUCGCUGUCAAAAAAGUGAAGAAGUGCGUCAAGAAUAAGCUCGCCUCCAGGCAAAGUUUUUGGGCUGAGCUAAAUGCAGCUCACUUACGCCAUAAGAACAUUGUGCGAAUUAUAGCAGCUACCACGUGCAUACCGGAGAAUUUAGAAAACGGGGACAACAUUGGCACAAUAGUGAUGGAAUACGCAGGUGAACGAACUCUCCACCAGGUCAUCUACGGUUGCGCGGAGACGCUCGAAGUGGACAGGUGGAUUACGUUUUCCAAAAACAUUGCGCAUGGUCUUCAGUUCUUGCAUUCUCAUGGUAUUGUUCAUUUGGAUAUCAAACCUGCCAAUGUAUUGGUUUCGAGGGAGGAUGUGUGUAAGAUUGUUGACUUUGGCUGUUCACUGAAAUUGGAGCUCGGGGGGGAUCGGUCCAGCCCACAAAUGAGUCAUGGCGGGGGCACCUACACCCACCGAGCGCCUGAGCUGUUGAAGGGGGAAGACGUGUCUCCAAAAUCCGACAUCUACUCCCUUGGCAUCACUCUUUGGCAAAUGAUCACCAGAGAGCAGCCCUAUACAGGCGACAGGCAAUAUGUUUUAUACGCAGUAGUUGCAUACGAUUUACGCCCCUCGGUCACUGAUGAGUCCUUCAAGUCACACCAUGGGGGCCUUUGCCGAUCCAUUGUGUCCAAGUGCUGGAGCGGUGAGCCAAGCUGGAGACCAAGCGCUCAAGAUGUCAUCACAGAUCUGGACAAGAUCCGGUCCGAACAUUAA